AGGAACGUGUGCGACAUUUGUGGUCCAAAAGGUUGGCACUAAUGUGGGAAACUACAAGAGAUACACUACUCAAUUUUCUACAUAUCGGACAAUAAAUAACCAUUCAUGAUAAAGAAGACACAUGUUCAUGCUUAAACACAAGCAUAUCCAUGGCGGAGCAGAACGAGAAGCUUCACAUUGUGGUGUUUCCAUGGCUGGCAUUUGGUCACAUAGGCCCAUUUUUUGAGCUUGCAAAACUCAUAGCUCAAAAGGGUCACAAAAUUUCUUUCGUUUCCACACCUAGAAAUAUCCAUCGCCUACCCAAAGUGCCUGAAAACUUGCAACCUUUGGUGGAUCUCAUACAACUGUCACUGCCCCGUGUUGACAAGCUCCCAGAAAAUGCAGAGGCCACAGUGGACAUUCCUCACCACCUCAUUCCACACCUCAAGCAGGCUUUUGAUGGUCUUCAACAACCUUUGACCAUGUUUCUUGAGAGAUGCAAACCCCAUUGGAUAAUAUACGACUUUGCACCCUAUUGGUUGCCUCCAAUAUGUUCUCAGCUAGGAAUCCCCUGCAUCUCAUUCUCUAUUUUUUCUGCAUUUAUUCUGCAUUCUACUUUAACAUUUAUGAGAACAAAAACAAGUGAGUAUCUGAGGGACAAACAUAUUGAACAUUUUGAGAGAAAUGAAUCGGGGGUUUCAGACGUGUUUCGAACCCAAAUAACUUUUGAUGCUGCUCAAGUUAUUGCUUCAAGAAGCUGCAUGGAGAUGGAAGGUGAGACUCUCAACUUGUGUAAAAGUGCAUAUAGUAAGCCAAUGAUACCAAUUGGGUUAUUGCCACUUUCACUAAAGUUCAGUGAAGACAGCAAUGAUGAAAACUGGGAUACCAUCUUUAAUUGGUUAGAAAAACAGGAAAAAGGGUCAGUGGUUUAUGUAGCCUUUGGAAGUGAAGUGACACUAAGUGAUGAAGAAUUUACUGAAAUUACAAAGGGAAUAGAAAUGUCUGGUUUUCCAUUUUUCUGGGUUCUAAAGAAGCAAAACACCUCUAACGUUGAGUUGCAGGAUCUGGUUGUGAAUAACUCAGGAAAGGGAUUGGUGUGGAGAACAUGGGCACCACAGAUGAGGAUUUUAGCACACAGGUCUGUUGGGGGGUUUCUGACUCACUGUGGUUGGAGUUCAGUGAUUGAGGGUCUUCAAGUUGGGUGUCCACUUGUUAUGUUGCCCUUCCAAUAUGAUCAAUUUACAGUUGCUAGGCUUAUGGAGGAGAAAAGGGUAGGGAUCAAAGUACAGAGAAGUGAGAAUGAUGAGAAAUUCAGCAGGGAAUCAUUGGCCAAUGCAUUGAAAGCAGUGAUGUUGGAAAAAACUUACAAAAGUGAAGCAGAAGAGAUGAGUAAGAUAGUUGGGGACAAAGAACUGCACCAAAAGUAUAUAGAUGAGUUUGUUGAAUAUAUGGAAAUCCAUAAACCUGUCUUAAAGGAUUAGCCUUUCUCACAUUCUGUUAUAUCAGACAAAAUAAGUCGCUUUAUGCUGGACAAUCACUUGUUGUAUGAAACAAGUGGUUUGGUGUUGUGUUUUUCUUGUCAUAUGUGUUGUGGUUUAUUAUUUGUAAUUGAUGCAUGUCUUAAGGUUGUUUGUUAUUUAUUAUUAUUGUAAUUGAUGCAUAAGGUUUAAGGAUAUUUGUGUAUGAUUUCCACAAUAAACAUUUUGGAGUGAAGUUGA